AUGUGGCUCACAUGGCUUCCAGGCAUCAGAAUGGCGCUCCAAACAGCCCUGUUCUUGUUUAUUGCGGCAGUCGUCAUGCUGGCUGGAGGCGUCGACUGCGAUGCGGGACCUGGUUGGAACCACAUUCUAGGGGGGACUGAUUGGGCGGGGCUGUCUGCCGCCAAUGCCAUAUGUGACAAUGGACAAAAACAAUCUCCGGUGGCGAUUGAAGAUAGUGCGGCAGUACCGUCGAGCGACCCCGGCGCGCUGAUUAUCACAUGGAACAGCGCCCUGAUCGAUUUCCAAGUGCAGAACCUGGGGGUCACUGUCCAGGUUAUGAUCAACGGGAGUAACACGCUCACGGUUCCUUCUUACAUUUACACGCCCCCAGCAAACUCUACCGGCUUAACCCUCGCCCAGUUCCACUUCCACACGCCCAGUGAGUACACUCUGGACGGCGAGUAUUUCCCGGCGGAAGUGCACUUCGUUCACAAGGAUCCGGUCACGGGACAGCUGGCAGUCAUCGGAGUGUUCUUUUCUCUUUCCCCGGACGACUCCGACAACCCCGAGCUCGGCACGUUCUUCCCCAACAUUACUGAAGAUGCCGGUACCAACUCAGAGGCUAUCCGCCAGUCCCUCAAUCUGAACAGUCUGCUUCCCGCGUCGAGGAGCUACUACCACUUGAGCGGCAGUCUGACCACGCCCCCUUGUUCCGAGAACGUCCUCUGGUUCGUGAUGAAGAACCCACUUGACAUCUCCUCGUCCCAGUUGAUGAAGCUCCAAUUUGCGCUCGCGCAUGGAGAAGGGUCCCGGGUGAACAACCGCCCGGUCCAGCCGCUCAACGGGCGCACCAUCAUUCUGUUCCAGGGUAACGUUCAAAGCUGCGACUCGAGCUCGCUGCUCCCGAAUCAGUGCUACAACGCCCAGGGAACGACCUUCGUCUGCUGCCCGGGUGGCUGCCCCUCUUCUCCAACCUCCGUGCCAGCAUGCGCAUAAUGACGACCAGCAGAGGAUAUUUGGGAACACGAGAGAUCGUCGUUGGACAGUUUUGCCGAGACAGCCAGCUAGACCAGCCAGACCCGUGCAAGCUUCCAAGUCAGCAUUCAAUCGUCAUUCGCCCCUCCUCAAGAAGGCAAUCGUAGGUGGUUCAAGAUUAGACAGCCUAAUUUGCAGCCCCAUUUUGGCUCCCGUGUUGCUUUGAAAGUAUCUCGGUUCCAUAACAAGAGCGUGACAAGAGCAGUGCAGAUAAACGUCACGGUCUGUGGCAUCCGAUUUCUGAGGACCCUGCAACAACGAAAAUAUCGAGCGCCAAUCAGGGAAGAGCUUUUCGCGAGAUACUAACACACCGACUGAGUAGUGUAGGUUAGGUCUUGAGAGACAUCCGACUCCGAAGUAGACGAUCAGCAUCAAAGGCCCCUUCGUUAACAACGGUUUAGAUGUUUUCCCUUCAUAUACCGUUCACGUCAUGCGCGCUC